AUGCGCCGACCGUCUUUAGACCUGAGCGAACCUGCGCGCAACAUCGAAGAGUCCAACGGCGAACCCUCCGACGGCCACGCCAUGGAUCUCGAUUUGGAUCUCGAUUUUCCCAUAUCUCCGACCAACCAAGAUACUCGCGACCAGGACGCCCGCAUCUAUUCGCCGCCGCCGCGCAUCGCCGACCGCUUCUACCGUCCCUCGCACGCCCGCCGCCGUGACUCAGCCGCUUCCUCUCGACGCAACUCCAUCUCCUCCGCCCACUCGCGCUGUUCUUCCAUCCAUGCAUCCUCCGCACAUUUCGAUCAACAGAGCAAACAUGUCGCCCAACACCUUCGCCGCGCCUCCUUUCUUGAGGACCGCAGAGCCCGCCUCGCCGACCGUGCUGCCCAUGCUGAAAAGGUGCGCUUGAGAGCCGCCCUCGCAAAGGCUGCGCCUCGUGGCCAAGCCUCCGAGGGAAAGGUUCUUGCCGCGCAUCAGGCCCGAGAGCGCAACCUCGCCGAGAUUGCUGCCACCUGCGCUGAGGAGGUACGCAAAGCGAAGCAAGUUGCCGAACAGACCAAGGAAAAGCGGGAGCAGGAAGUGGCUCGCAUCAAGUCCCAGCUGGAGGAGCGCAUGGCCGAGGCCCAACGCCGCCGAGAGGAACUGCUUUUGAAGAGUACUUCCCGCAAAGUCCGCGUCAAUAGCGCCUCCAAGAAACCUGUCGACGUCCUUGCCCGUGUUAGCGAACGCGAGGUUCGCAAGUUGUCCGAGCAGGAUGCUGCUCGACGUAUCCAGGGUUGUUGGCGCUCCACUGUCCGCAAGCGAGCUGUUGACGAGUUCUACAAACUCGGUCUGUGCAUUGACGGUAUUCGAGACACUGAUUUUGACACUGUCGUGGAGUUGCUCGCUCAAGAAAAAGUGCUGCACGUCGCUGCGCGUUUGUUGCGUCUCUGCGGACUGCAGGAGGGCGAACCCAACUCUGUGGCCGAAAUGGCCGCUUGCCGCACGUUUAUGAGUGCAUUUCUCAUUCUUGGACAUCCAAACCAAGUCCUUAGCACCAAAGACGACCCUGCUCGAUCAAAUACCCGCGUAGAAACCCCCGUGGCAGCAACAAACCGCCUACCAGUUGCCGAUUUGAACAAUCCCCAGCUACAGGACCUCAUUGGCAAGGCCAAAGAUCUCCUCAUCUCGUUUGAGAACAUUCUCUCUUGGCUUACCCCCGGCAACCGAUACACAGUUCCACCGUCCAUGCGCAACGCCAUUCCUGAAGCGUAUGCCGUGUUUCACAACGCAUUUAUCGCCUGGAAGUCGCGCGACUCUAAUGCUCUUGUUGAGGUCAUGGUCAUGCAAUUUGUCGAACUCGACGCUAUCUACCAAACCGUCAAAGAUAGUACUGACGAUGCCGCCGCCGCCUUGUACCGACAGAGCAUUCAAGAUAGCCAGCUCAUGCUGAUCGUCCGCAUCAAGCGACUAGCUGGCCAGGAAAAGGGAAAGAAGCUGAUUUUCGAGGCGGUUGCCGAAGCACGCAAGGCCCGCAAGGCCAAGAAGCAAACCACUGGCGACACCAGACCUCGAAUUGCUGAUAACUCGGCUGGCGAUGCCUCUGCCACUGCAAACAGCCUCGUGUCCCCCGAAUCGCAGACAUUGACCCCCCCAUCUACACCACUCAGCCGAGGCCAGGGUCAGAGCACCAGCCAACAGUCGUCCACUGGUCCUAAGACUGGGCUUAUGGGCUUGCUUCCUGACAACCGUGUUGUUGUACAUGAGCUUGCAAUCAACAAAGAGUAUCAGAUACCUACAGAGGACUAUGUCGAGCAACAGGCGGCAAUAGCCCGACCUCUUUACGCUCAUAUGAAGGCUGCUGUUUCUGCAGAUGAUAACGAAGCCAACUUUCGCAUCUUCCUCAGCAUGGCCGGCAGCAUCAGGGAUAAGCUGCAGCGGUUGCUCAAGCCAGGAAACUCAAUGUACAACCUCAUUGGUGAGAUACUUGACCCUGAGAUGGCGGAGCGACAGUUUACUGUUGGCAACUUUUCAUACGAGAAAUUCUUUACUGCCAUGGCAUCGCUGUUGCCCAAGCUGUGCGCUCCAUUCCGUGAUGAGGAAGUAAAUAUACUCAUACACGAUAAACUGGCGGACGGCAAUGUCAUUGAUCGCGUCGAGGCGCUCAUUGGAUUUAUCGACAUUAUGCUUUGCGAUUAUGUCAAUUAUUUGAUGCGCAUGGCCGCGCCGCAACUUAUUGAUUCCGCAGCGCAGUACGAAGCGAAGCGCUUUGCGCAAGAGUUUGCGGCCGGUGAUGUUCGGCUUAGAGUCGCUGAGAAUGCCUGGCGCGAGGCUACUAACAAGGUGAUGGCUGAAGUACAGCGUCGCGAUCCAGAGGGCAUCAACCACCCCAAAUCUCGGCCCACUGCAUCGCGCUUCUACGCGCAGAUGCUCGUGGAUGUUUUUUCGACGCUGGCCCUCCCAGUCGCGCCUGACCAGGUGCCUGAAAUGCUACGUCUCGAUAUGUCACGCAUUACGCAGGUGUCUACCAUGAUUCAGCGCAUCAUUACGGUCGGCGCUGUGCUGUUGCAGUGCAAAAAUCUCCUCAAGCGGGAUGUCCGUUCACAGUGGAAAACGGAGGCCUCGCGCAUCCUAGCAGUGCUUGAAAACGAACACUCGUCGCUCGACACCGCCUUGGACGGUACCAUGGCCGCCCUGGAGGCGGGCCGAUCCAUGCCCACGGCAACAAAGACGCAGCUGCGACAACUGGUGCGCAAGGUCCUGGAGGCAUCCCGCGAGAUGGCUCGCACCGGCGUCGAGCCAACCCAGCCCGUCCUCCGCCUGCUGCUCACCCGUCUCCGUGGCAAUAUCCUAGCCCGACUUGUCCCUGGCUCGUCGUCGGCGAGCGAGAAAGUCAAAGCAGCCAACACUGCGGGCGAGAAGCUGGCCAGCUUGGGGCUUUCGGAGUUUGUCGACCGCGUCAGGCAGAUUUCUGAUCUCCUCGACAAGGUUGGCGCGGUGGACCGUGCAGCGCACGGCACUUGGUGGGAUGCCGUCGCCAUCAAAGUGCAGCAAGAGACUAUCGAGUCUUGA